UCUCUCUCUCCCUCUCCCUCUCUCUUUCUCUCUCAAUUUUUCUGCUUGAAAUUCUGUCAAUAGUUUGAUUUUGGUAUAUCUGUUGGACCCAUCAUUUGAUUUUAGGUGCGGUUUUAGAGCUUUGAGUGAGUUCCCAAGUUCCUUUUCUUAGGGCUGUACCCAGUUCAAGUGCUUUUGUGUAGACAUAAAAAAAUAGUAACUUUCUUUGUGUUGAUUCCUGAAUGAAUCUUUGUGCUUAUGAGUCAAAUAUGUUAUCUUUAUAUUGAUUCCUCGAUGAAUCUUUGUGCUUUCGAGCAGAAAGAUGCUGUCUUUAUAUUAAUUCCUGAAUGGGUCUUUGUGCUUAUGUGUGAAAGAUGUUGACUUUGUAUUGAUUCAUGAAAUAAUCUUGAUUAUAGUUUCUCUCUCAUUUUAUUUUUUCCUCCUGUUUUUAUUUUUCAGCUCACUCUAUUUCUAUUGAGUAUAUCUCUAGUUAAUCGAUUUUUUGUGGUUGACUUUUAUUGUCCUUACCUAUNGAACUGAUUUUCUUCUGUUGAUAUGUUGAAACAAAAUCACUAUGUUAUGUUAAAUGAACUCUUCCUAGAUAACCUGAUAGUUAUUCGAGAGUUUUGUUAACUUGGUUGAACCAUUAGUUUCUUGAUUUUUUUUAUUUUUUUUUUCAAUCUUUUCAGGUUUGUGCUGUAGCAGUGUGAGAGAGGUUUGAUAAUUGGUGAAGUUGAAAAUGGCAACUGGAGCUGUCCCGGCUUCAUUUACAGUUCUUAAAAGCAGGGAUCAAAAGGGCAUCGGCUUCGUGAAAAAUUCCGAUUUUAUUAGAUUUUCUGACCUGCAAAGGGUUAAAUUUCGACGGACUAAGGUUGCUUUGAUCAGGAACUCGGCAAAUCCCGGUUCAGAAACUGUUGAGCUCGAGCCUGCAUCAGAUGGAAGUCCACUGUUAGUUCCUAGACAGAAAUACUGUGAGUCGAUACACAAAACGGCGAGGAGAAAAACACGCACAGUAAUGGUUGGUAAUGUGGCUCUUGGUAGUGAGCAUCCAAUCAGAAUUCAGACGAUGACAACAACAGAUACUAAGGAUGUAGCCGGAACAGUCGAUCAGGUGAUGAGGAUAGCAGAUCAAGGAGCGGAUAUUGUCAGGAUAACUGUACAAGGAAGGAAAGAAGCAGAUGCGUGUUUCGAAAUAAAAAAUUCUCUUGUUCAGAAGAACUAUAACAUCCCUCUGGUUGCGGACAUUCAUUUCGCCCCACCUAUUGCAUUACGAAUUUCUGAAUGCUUCGACAAAAUUCGUGUCAACCCUGGGAAUUUCGCUGACAGGAGAGCGCAAUUCGAAACGCUUGAGUACACAGAAGAAGAUUAUCAAAAAGAACUCGAGCACAUUGAACAGGUUUUCACUCCAUUGGUCGAAAAAUGCAAAAAGUACGGCCGAGCAAUGCGAAUAGGGACAAAUCACGGUAGCCUUUCGGAUCGAAUUAUGAGCUAUUAUGGUGAUUCACCAAGAGGAAUGGUUGAAUCUGCAUUUGAGUAUGCUCGGAUUUGUCGCAAACUCGAUUUCCAUAAUUUCGUGUUCUCAAUGAAAGCGAGCAAUCCUGUGAUUAUGGUCCAAGCAUACCGCCUUUUGGUAGCUGAAAUGAAUGUAUUGGGAUGGGAUUACCCGUUACACUUGGGAGUUACCGAAGCCGGUGAAGGUGAAGACGGGCGAAUGAAAUCUGCUAUUGGUAUUGGGACUCUUCUCAUGGAUGGUUUGGGUGAUACUAUACGAGUGUCCCUAACUGAGGCUCCGGAAGAAGAGAUUGAUCCGUGUAGAAGAUUGGCUAACCUUGGGAUGAGAGCAGCCGAGCUUCAGAAGGGAGUGGCACCAUUUGAAGAGAAGAACAGGCGCUACUUUGAUUUCCAGCGUAGGAGUGGUCAAUUGCCACUUCAAAAGGAGGGCGAGGAAGUUGAUUAUCGAGGUGUACUUCAUCGUGAUGGCUCGGUAUUGAUGUCGGUUUCUCUGGAUCAAUUGAAGACCCCUGAAUUUCUAUACAAGUCUCUAGCAGCAAAACUUGUAGUUGGAAUGCCAUUUAAGGAUCUAGCUACCGUGGACUCGAUCUUAUUGAGGGAGCUUCCACCAGAAAAUGAUAAAGAUGCUAGAUUAGCCCUCAAACGGUUGAUAGACAUCAGCAUGGGAAUUAUCACUCCUUUAUCCGAGCAGCUCACUAAGCCUUUGCCCAAUGCACUCGCUUUAGUGACUCUUAAUGAGCUGUCUACUGGUGCCCACAAGCUUCUUCCAGAAGGUACUCGUCUGGUAGUCUCGGUACGUGGUGACGAGCCUCACGAGGAGCUGAAUAUUCUGAAAAGCAGUGAUGCGGUUAUGAUUCUUCACAACGUGCCGUAUACAGAAGAGAAUAUUAGCAGAGUUCAUGCUGCAAGAAGGAUGAAGCUUGCGUUUCAGCUAGCUCUUCCUCCGAGUCUUGAAGGAAGCCAUCUUCCAGAUCUUUGUUUUGACCGAAGCAUUCCUCCUCUGUCAAUUUCCGGAGCCCUUUUGGUCGAUGGACUUGGAGAUGGUAUCCUAUUGGAUUCCCCAGAUCAAGACUUUGAAAUCCUCCGAAACACGUCUUUCAAUUUGCUGCAAGGCUGCAGAAUGAGAAAUACAAAGACGGAAUACGUGUCGUGCCCUUCGUGUGGAAGAUCUUUGUUCGAUCAUCAAGAGAUUAGUGCUGAAAUUAGAAAAAAGACUUCUCAUUUGCCUGGUGUUUCGAUUGCUAUUAUGGGUUGCAUUGUGAAUGGACUGGGAGAAAUGGUCGAUGCUAAUUUCGGUUAUGUUGUUGGUGCUCCUGGCAAAAUUGACCUGUGUACGAUGGUGCAAAGAGGCAUUGCCAUGGAAUAUGCGACCGAUGCUUUGAUUCAGCAAAUCAAAGAUCACAGCCGUUGGGUCGACCCGCCUGUCGAAGAAUGA